UAUAGAUCUAAUACCUUAUGGUUGCUUCGUGGUUCGUUUACUUGUUGUUGGUUUGCCUUGUACAUUCUGAACCAUAUAGGGAUUGUGGAUCUAAAGUUGGAAAAUUACAUUCACUGACUGUAACACCAUGUGACAGGAUACCGUGUGCGUUAUAUAAAGGUCGAAACGCCACUGUUACAAUUGAAUUCAGUACCCAAGAGACUGUAAAAGAUGGUCAUAUUUCUGCACAUGGAGUGAUUGCACAUGUACCAGUACCAUUUCCACUUGACAACUCAGAAUUAUGCAACUUUGUCAGUCCAGUGUGUCCUUUACUUCCAUCUAUAGAGAACUAUACACACACGUAUUCUUUGUAUGUUAGCACAUCAUAUCCAUCGAUAUCUUUAACCAUCAGAUGGGAAUUACAAGAUAGUUCAAAUGAAGAUAUAGUUUGCGUUGAAUUCCCUGUUCAACUUAUAUAAAGUACAAUGUAUAAUGUAAUUCAUUCAUUAGUUUAGUUAGUAUAUAACAAACCAUUUAUCUUAUUUUGCAAUAAAUUAUGACAAUGAGAAAAGAGGGACAAUCAUAAACUUCUGAAGACUUAUUUUUCAUUUUGAUCUAUCAGGACAAUUCCUUGUUUGUUUAUUUUUAAUAUAAAAAAAAGACAGACAAUAAUAAUUAUUUCUUACUGAUUUC